AUGGAUCAAAUGAUGGGAAAUGGGGAAGGGGGCGCCGCCGGGUUUCCGCUCGAAACUUGGUUUUGGGAAAUGCCCGUGUGUACCAGAUGGUGGACGACGGCGACAGUCAUUACCAGCGCGCUGGUUCAAUGUCAGAUCGUCACGCCGUUUCAGUUAUUCUACAGCUUCAGAGCGGUAUUUGUGAAGUCGCAGUAUUGGCGCCUCUUGACAACUUUUAUAUACUUUGGUCCUUUAUCCCUGGAUCUCGUUUUCCACGUAUUCUUCUUAACCCGAUAUUCGCGACUCCUUGAGGAAUCAUCCGGUCGAUCUGCGGCGCAUUUCUCAUGGUUAUUGCUCUAUGCGAUGACUUGUCUCAUCUGCAUAAAUCCUCUGGUCUCAAUGCCAUUUCUAGGACACCCAUUAUCCUCGACUCUCGUAUACAUUUGGUCGAGACGAAACCCCGAUACACAAUUAAGUUUCCUUGGAUUACUGGUUUUCACGGCUCCAUAUUUACCCUGGGUUUUGAUGGGCUUCAGUUUAGUUUUACAUGGGACGGUUCCAAAGGAUGAAUUGAUGGGAGUAGUCAUUGGUCAUGUUUGGUACUUCUUUUGCGACGUUUAUCCACCGCUACACAAUGGACAUCGUCCAUUUGAUCCACCAAUGUUUUGGAGAAGAUUGUUCGAGAGACAACCAAGAGAGGAAACAGCGGAUGCAAUCAAUAAUGAUAUUGCAAUGGCCGCAGCGCCAGGGCCGGAAGUAAGAUAAAAAAGAGUAUCUCAGAAUAUCAUGAUGAAAUUGCAUGGGAAGGCGUUUGGGAUUUAAGAAAUUGGGUGUGAGCAUUAUUGUUCGCUGAUGGGAUCGUUCAGUAGAAGCACCUAGCAGAGAUUUACUUUAGCCGCUAUAUCCACAUGCUGAGGUUCUGGGGACAUUUGUUCACAUCGCAACCACAAGCAAGCGUAUCAAUAUUAUAUUAUUAAAAUCAUUG